AUGAUGAUGUUCAGGAUGAUACUCGUCUGCGCUUUGGUUGGGGCUGGCUCCGCGCUGAGCUGCAGGUGGAUGGAGCAUAAAUAUAGAGACUACAGAGACAACUCUUUGGGUCUUCUUAACGCAAUGGUGAACAACUCCAUCAGUUCCAUCAACUCCACUGAAGACGCUGAUCUGGAGGAUGCCGUAGCCUUCCCAAAUGAGCUCUAUAACGUUGCAUCUAAAGCAAUUACAGAGGAGAGGAUCAGAUUCGUGGCACAGCUUCUGGAUGAGAUUGUCGCCCUGUUUGAGGAGGACCAGACGUCUGCGUCCUGGCACGAGAGCGCAGUGGAUGACUUUCUCAACGUCAUUACGCAGCAAGCAGAUGGACUCCGAUCAUGCGUUGCAUCCCAGAGCCUCAAAAGAAAGAACAGGAAGCUGAGCAUGUAUUUCAAGAGGCUGUCAACUCUGCUAGAGCAAAUGGGCCAUAGCACAGGAGCCUGGGAAUGGGUCCACAAAGAAGUGAAACUGCACCUGUACAGAGCAGACCUGCUUGUUGCCUUUAUAGCCAAGAAAAAACACUAAUGUCUUAUUUAUGUUAUUUAUGUAUUUAUUAGUUUUUAUUGAUGAAAUGGACUGUGUAUAUUUUUAUUAUGAUUGCACUGUACUCUUACACUUACACAGUUAUAAUAUGGAUUUGGGGUCUGUGAUAAUGAGUUACAUGAAAUACUUAAUGUGGUCAAAGCAUUGUACUAAAGCAAACGACAUCAACAUUACAAUCAAUAUUACUUGAGUAAAAGCAAACCAGUACUGAAUAUUUAUUAUGUGACAUCAGUUCUACUACUACUCAAAUAAAUUACAGAUUCUGGCAAAAAAGUCAAAAUGAAAUUAAUUAGAAAAAGACUAAAGAAAAAGUUAAUCAUCAACUUAAGCGAUGGCUUUUGUGCU